UGCUCGAGGAAGGGGCUCUGCCUCCCAGACGCUACCUGCUCCUGCAACGUCGGCUUCACGGGCCCUGACUGCAGCAUCAAGUGCAAGGGAGAGGUAGGAAAGCCGUGCUCUUUCAACGGGGUCUGCCUCUCCGACGGAUCAUGCGCGUGCUACUACGGGUACAGAGGAGAUGACUGCAGGUUCCUCUGCCCCGGCCAGGACUCCAUGGUCUUCACUGGAGCCAGUGGCUGGGAAUGCUCGGGACGAGGCACGUGCGACAGUUUCCCCCUCCCCCUCGGAGCUUGUGUGUGCAACAGCGGCUUCCGAGGCGUCGGUUGCGAGCUCGAGUGUCCCUCCAACGUCCAUCCCGCCAACACCUCUUCCUGCAGCGGGCACGGAUACUGCCGAGCAGACGCAACUUGUGACUGCCAGUACGGGAUGCCAGCCAACGUUGACUCGGGCUGGAGAGGAGGAGGUUGCCAGGUUGAGUGCCUUGGAGGAGCGACCAACGUGUGCUCGGGGCACGGGCGCUGCCUGCAGGACGGCAACUGCACGUGCGACAGCGGGUACCGCCUGUCUGCCUGCCAGCGGGAGUGCGACGGGGGAGCGGCAGACCCAUGCAACGGCAACGGCAACUGCCUGGAGGAUGGGACUUGUCUGUGCGAGGUGGCCUACCGAAACUACAGCUGCAGCAUCCUCUGUCCUGGCGGGCCGUUGCCGCCCAAGAUCUGCUCGGGCCAUGGCGUCUGCGACGUGGAGGGAGUCUGCAUCUGCAAGUCUGGAUGGAUCGGACGUGCCUGC